UUUUUACCAUUUUCUCCCUCCAUGGACUAGGGAGGUUGUUCAUUUUGAUUUACUGAUAAAUUUAAAAGGUGAAUCUGCAUUUGCUGAAAAGCAAGUUAAUUAUGGCGAAGGAACAGUCACGCUUGUGUUGUCUAAUUAACCGUUACCUCCGUCCUUAUACUGAAAAUGGGUCUGCUUCAUUAACCAAAGAACUGGAGAAACAACUUUUAAUUGCUCUUUCACAGGUUUAUACAGAAGUUAAGCAGUGGAUUAAGGAAUAUGAGUCUGAUGACAGCUUUCAGGAUAUGGCGGGAAAUUCUGUUGGUGGAGGUCGAAGAAUGACUCAGUUACAUGCUGAUAAUCAUCAUUGUUUAACUAAUGUUAUUGAGGUCUUGAUGGUUGUGGUUGCAAAGGAGAAUCCAUAUAUCCAUCACCUAGUUGGCAAUAUCUUGGUGGCUGUUUCUGAUUUUUUGCUUGAAUCUGAAAGCUGUUGGGGUGAAUAUAUCAAUUUGCUGUAUCUUUGCGUGAAAAUUUCAAUUUCUAAUGAUCCUUCUUCCAUGGGACAUACAAUGGAGGUCAAAGACUUGAGUGGGGAUCCAACACCUUCUCCUUUAUUGAAGCUCAGUCUGAAAAGUGGAAGUUGGUCGACGGCAGCUGUUAUCACGAGAGUUCUACACAAUAUACUGAAACAGUUGAAUCGGGAUGUUGUUGAUCAAAUUUUCAACAUUUUCUUGGAGGCUACCACUUCUUUUAUCUCAAAUAUGCCUUGGGAUUUGCUUUCAGAGGUUUACCAUGCUCAAGGGGUCUCCAAUCCAGAUUUGCUUCAAACGCUAGAAGCAAAACCGAAGUCAAUACUAAUGUUUCAGGGAUAUCUUCUCCGAUUAUUCUGUUCAUUGGUUAAAAGUGGUUGGACAGACAUUGCUGUCAGCUCUUCAGCGGAGCAUCCAUUUAUUUUUGAAAUAAAAAACCUGCUUCCAAGACUUCUGUCAUCAUGCCUUAGUAAUGGACAGCGCUCUGAUAAUGUUGCGAUCUCUCAAUAUCAUAAACAUAAGAUGUUGAUACUCAUGAUUCGACUUAGUAACCAAAUCCAUUUGAACUACUCAGUUGUGAUUUCAUGGUUGGGGCUUAUCCACACGUACUUUCAAGAUGUACUGUUGCAACCUAUGGAUAGGCAGGACUUUGGUCUAGAUAAAUAUCUUGAAGGUUCUCCAUUUGGUGUAAUGACAUUUGAUAUGGGGAAAAAAGGGAUUUCAUCAAAGCAUUUACAAAGGCUGUCCAUUUUCCUCUUCCUCAAAUGUUCCUCUAGUUUGCUGAACAUGAAAGAGACGAUUGAUCAACAUUAUGCGUGUAAAGAUCUUAAGUCUUGCUCAAGCUUUGACCUGAAUCCUAAGUUAUGCAGUAGAAGGAAAGCUUUGCGAGAGCUCCACGAAUGGCUCAGAGAGCUUCUCCCUGGUGAUAGUUUUAUUGACCAUGAUAUGAACUCUGAGGAAUGCAUGGACUUUGUCUCAUCCUUGUUGCAGCUCUAUAUGCAAGAGGAUGAUAUUCUGUUUGAAAUGCUCUUGCAAAUGCUUUGCUUGCCAUUUUACUCUGAAAAGUUUACUGCUGAAGUGACUUUGUCAGAUGAUGAACUGAGACAGUUUUCUCUGAUCUCACACCUUUUUCACCCAAUACAUUUCUUUCACCUCUUCCUGGCUGGAAUACACUAUGAUCAUCAAGUUCUUCUUGAUUAUCUUAUUUCAAAAGACACAGGAGCUAGUUCUGCUGAAUAUCUUUUGAGGUGUCUGCGUAUGGUAUGUGAUUCAUGGAACAUAUUUGUCGAAUUUUCAUGGAGCGGAAAAUCUCGAAGCAGAAAGAGAAAGAAGAUUUCAACGGAUGAUUAUAACUCUAGGGGAGAGAUAUCCGUUUUGCCAAGUUCUGUUAGUGGAGUUAUUGUACCACUUGAAAGCAAAAGCAAGAAAGCCUAUGGAUGUCGCGAUGAGGACUAUGUAACUCAGAUAUCACCAUUUGAGUGUGCAAGGAACUGCCUUUUUUCACUUAAAGCAUCUAUUGAAAGCCUUCACCAAAAGAAGCUGUUUCCUUAUAAUCCACAAGUGCUACUACGUCGUUUGACGCAAUUUCAGGAGCUCUGUGGAGAUGACGAACCAUAGAAACACUCCGUUGUUCUAUCGCCUUGAAAUCCGUGUUUAAUCGUACUCCUCAAUGCUAACUUGAAUCAGCUAAUUGAAGGAUGAAUGACUGCAACUUGAAAGGGGAGUUUUCUCUGGACUCAUUAUAGCAAAAUGCAGUUUGGAUAUAAAUCCAGUAUUAGCAUUCUUGACUUUUGAGGCGAGUUCUCUGACUUCAACGUUGGAAUGUGCAAUACAUUUCUGGACUGAAUGGAUGAAUAUUCUUACAA